UAUUAUAAUUUUGAAUUAAUGUUUUAGAAAUUUUUUACUAUAGUAAUCUCAGCAUACUGUGAAAAACAAAAAGACUUUAUAUUAACGUUUCUUCAUUUUCCUAAACCUAGGAUGGUAAGCGGAUGUUUGGCACCUAUUUUCGUGUUGGUUUUUAUGGAACCAAAUUCGGGGAUUUGGAUGAACAGGAAUUUGUUUACAAGGAGCCUGCAAUAACCAAACUUGCAGAGAUAUCUCACAGAUUGGAGGGAUUUUAUGGAGAAAGAUUUGGAGAGGAUGUGGUUGAAGUAAUCAAGGACUCUAAUCCUGUAGACAAGUGUAAAUUAGAUCCUAACAAGAUGGUCGUGCCCAUGGGGAACUUCAUGAACAAUUCAAAAGAAAGACCAUUCUGACUACAUCUCAUGCCUUUCCUUAUAUUAAAACAAGGGUC